UACAAGGCGACUGAGCUGUGAACAUCUGGGUGAUUCAUGGACCGAACUGAGCCCGAUAAGGCAAACUGAGAUUGCCAGGCGACGUCGGACUGACGCAGAGUCGAGCUCCAGCAUGUGAACUCUGGAUCCACAUCAACACAGGAGGCCACAGGGAGCAUGGAGCUGGUGUCGGUGCAGUACCACUUUGAGUACACAGCGAGGGACGGGCGCCUCGUGUCCAUCGAGCCUAAUGAAAGCUUCAUCCUGGUCUGCAAGACCAACGAGCACUGGUGGCAGGUCCGCAAAGACCAGCACACCAAACCCUUCUACGUGCCUGCACAGUACGUGAAGCAGCUGUCGUCGUCCGCUGAGGACUCUGCUGCUGGUCCUGACAAGCUGGACUCACCUGAGCAUGUGACCAGCAGGAAGGCAGAUACAACAGCAGUGAUCCGACUGUCAGCUCAGUUCUCUCCAAGGGAGACGUGCCGGUUCUCCACUUUUGGAUUGUGUGUGGACCUGCCAGAUGUGAGAGAGACGCUGACACACAGUCUGGAGAACACAAAGUUUUCCUCUGCACCUCUGAAGACUGACAGCCUGCAGCUUUCUGCAAAACCUCAACCUGUGCCAAAGGUUACAAACAGCGAGGAGCCAAGAAGCUCACCGCCGGACGGUGAAACUGAUCAACCACAGGCGUCUCUUCACGCCGAUGAUGCGGACUUCCCUCCACCUCCUGACUCACCUGUGUAUGACAUCAUCCCAGAGCUCCAAGUCCAGCAGUUUGACACGUUUCCUGAGCUGCCUGCUCCUGACGCGCCUGAUGAAACCUCAGCGGUGGAGAGUUUAAAUCAAGCAGCUGAAGCAGCUUCUUCUCCAGACGCUCUGUCUGCUGAGCAGGCGGAGAAUGAGACCCUGAGAUCGGCCGUGUACGUCAAUGUAGCACAACUCCGAAAAAGCAUCUCCGAGUCGCCCCCCUCGGCUUCUUCGUCCUACUCGCCUUCCUACCUCGAACAAGAAGGAUGGGAGGUGCACGUUGACGACGAGAGUGGCCAGGAGUACUACUACCACCCCACCACGGGGCACACCACCUGGGACAACCCCUUUCUAGACUCCCCCGAGGACCCUGAGCCUUCUUCCCCCUCACCUCCUCUGUCUCCUGCCCUGUCCCCGUCCCCCGCGUCCCCCACUCCUGCGUGGACCUCAGACUGGGAGCAGUUGGUGGAUGAGAGCAGCGGUCGCCCCUACUUCUACAACCCGAUGUCUGGGGAGACGUCCUGGGAGCCUCCAGAGCAGCUGAGCCCGUAUCCCCCUCUGAUGGAGCCUAUGAGUGUGCACAGGUUUCACGAGGACGGGCCGCCUCCUCUGCCUGAGGAGGACUACCCCACCGAGGAUUAUCCAGCUCCCGAUCAACCAGAGAUCUACGACGAGCUCAGUGCCACGAGCCCCCCUCCUACCCUCCCUAAAGAGUACACGCUCAGCCAUGUGGGCCGGACCGUCAUCCCCCGGGCCACCCUGGACCGCAGCAGUCCAGCUGGUUGGAACCUGACCGUGGAUCCCAACGGGACCUGGGUGUUCACCAGCGAACACUCUCCAGAGCAGUGGAUCAAGUCUGUGGAUGAUCGAGGGCAGACGUACUACUAUCUGAGAGACGGCUCCAAGUCUCAGUGGAACCUGCCCGAGGCGCCUGCAGGUCACGGCCAGUUCAGGAUGGAGAACGGCGUCGAGGCGGAGAACUCGUCAGUCAUCAAAAACUGGAGGCACACCAUGGGACCUUCACAGCUCAGCUCAGCCCAGGAUGACGGGAGGUUCGUCCCAACUCACCGCAGGAACACGUCCGACUACAGCAGCGACAGCUCCAGUACAGGAAACUCUCCGGAGACGCAGCAUAACGUGCAGAACUUGGAAAAAGCCGGAAUUCUUAACAAAACUAAAGUGUCAGAGAACGGCAAGAAAGUGAGGAAAAACUGGAGCCAGACGUGGACGGUUCUCCUCGGAGGUGUGCUGACGUUCCACAAAGACCCAAAGUCUGCAGCCACAGGGGCCUCGAACAAGACCAAUCAGAUUGUUCCGGAGAUCACGGUGGACCUGCGAGGAGCGACGAUUGGCUGGGCCUCGAAGGACAAAUCCAGCAAAAAGAACGUUUUAGAGUUAAAAAGCAAGAACGGCGUGGAGUUUCUGAUACAGUACGACACAGAGAGCAUCAUCACCGACUGGCACAAAGUCUUAACCGACACCAUACGGCAACUGGAGUACCAGGACCAUCACUCAGAAGAGGAGGACGGGGAUUUAUACGAGAAGAUCGCCGGCACAGAACCAGCGAGAGACGACGGCAAGUUCACAGACAAGCGGAGAUCCUCCAGGCCGAGUGUCUCUCAGUCAUCGAGCGCCGCUGGAGACGCCGACCAGAAGAGGGUUCGAACCAAGCUGAUGAAGUUCCUGAUGAAGCGGCCCACGCUGCAGUCUGUCAAGGAGAAAGGAUACAUCAGAGAUAAUGUGUUUGGUUGCCAUCUGGCCACACUGUGUGCACAAGAGAAUUCAACCGUUCCAAGUUUUGUGGAGAAAUGUAUCAGAGCAGUGGAGAAGAGAGGUUUAGACAUCGAUGGACUCUACAGAGUGAGCGGGAACCUCGCCGUCAUUCAGAAACUACGCUUCAAGGCAGAUCAUGAGGAGCUGGACCUGGAGGACGGUCAGUGGGAGGACGUUCACGUCAUCACCGGGGCGCUGAAGUUGUUUUUCCGAGAGCUUCCUGAACCACUUUUCCCCUUCAGCCACUUUAACAAGUUCAUCUCAGCCAUCAGAAUUCCUGACUACCACACAAAACUGUCUUGCAUGUAUGAACUGGUCCAAUCACUUCCUCCUUCAAACCACGAUACCAUGAAGCUCCUUUUUGGGCAUUUACGCAGGGUGAUUCAGUACGGGGAGGACAAUCGCAUGACUGUGCAGAAUGUUGCAAUCGUAUUCGGCCCGACUCUCCUUCGGCCGGAGACGGAGUCGGCCAACAUCACCAUGCACAUGGUCUUUCAGAACCAGAUCGUGGAGUUCAUCCUGAACGAGUGCGAGCGCCUCUUCUACUCAAACUAACACAGCAACAAGCCUCCAGUGCAGCCCUGGACGAACGUCUACAUGUGCUCAAGUUAUUCGAAGUGCUAGAUUUUCCUUCUGCAUGCACGUAAACAGCUUCAGUGCAGCUUUUAAAAAAAAUGGAACUUGUAAAAUAAGAAAAAGGGCUCUUCAAGUUUUUCUUUGCUCGGAAUAUUUGAGGUUAAAAAUUAGAUAAAGGGAUGUUCAAAUUGUCUUUGCUGAGAAUAUUUGAAGCAUGUUUAACCACAGUUUUGUCCAGUUUUACUCCAUAGGAGGCUGACACUGUUAGAAGUAUCUUUGGCAGUAUUGUUGGAUUAGAAAUCGAGCCACGCAGGCGUGAACAGGUGUGGUUUGGUUUCCCGUGUCAGAGCUAUUGAGCUUGUUGCUUGGGUGGAAUAAGGCGGUAUCAGACUGCUCUAGCUGUCUUAAUCUCACGAGUCACUUUCUGGACUUUUUAAUUUUGUUUGUUUGUUUGUUUUGGUCAAUUCAGACUGGACGGACGCAUUAACGCUCUCUGUAAAAAAAAAAAAAAAAAAAAAAGGAUCAGUGAUUGCUUCCAUCUUUAUUUUAGAAAGUUUAAUUAUGUUUAAAUAUUGUUUUAAAUUUGAAAAUGCGGUUUAUCUCAUAUGGCAAUAACUGAGAUCGUAUUCUAAUAUCGUGUUUAUUUUUGUCUUUCAGUCUCAUUUUUACCUGUGACUUUUAUUGUAAUAUAGAAAUGUAUAAAAAGAAAUAUUAAUACCAACGUCUUGCUGUGAAGUAGACGGGGACAUAGAAUACUUGUGCAGUCUGUAGAUUAUUUUCCACAGAAUUGUAAAAUGCCAUUUUUUCAACCAUGCUGUAUUUGAAGAAAACUGUCUAUCGAUAACAUAGAAAUAUAAACUAGUGAUACGUUUUUUGGAUGUUUGGCAACAAAAUCGGUCCGAACAUGAACUUUUAAAAGUGAACUUUAGAAGGAUUUCUGACCUGUAAAUAGAAAUAGAUGGCAUAUUUAUGCUGAAAGUUGUUGAAAAUGCACAAGUUCUUCCAUAAUAAAAGUAACUUUGUAAAAAAA